CGUCUUUUUGGGCAAUUCGCCCUGAGCUAAAUGCUCACGAGACGAUAGUGUCCUCCUCGAAAGAUAUUUCUCCGCGCAUGUAACCACCCUUGCCCAUAACCUGCGGCUGCUAAGAAACAGCAGCGGACGGUCUACCGCAGUCCUAAACGCCUCAUCGCAAGCGACGAAAAACAUUGAAAUCAUAGGGUCUUCGGAACUCAAGGAGAAUACCCCUGCUGGGCGUGUUUCAUAUAGACUCGGCUUAUCCUCUUGUGGGCUGCCGUCUCCUUAUGACACGGAGAAGCGAUGACAUUUUGAGGCUCCUCCGACCAAGACAUGGGACGGGGAACUGCAGACAUGCAAGUGCUCGCCUGCUUGGCCUUGUAAAACUGUAUUAGAGUAGGGCGUUAGCUCUCUGUUACCUUGGGCCCUCCCUAUUCUAGGUGUUCUAUGUAUUCUGCUGGCAUUAUGUAUAGAGUAGUCGACUUAUGCGAACAAGGAAGGCCUUGAUAUCAAUCUUCCAAUGUGAUUUGUCUCUUCUCUUCUUCUCCUUCGUCACUUCGUCACUGGCAUCUAGUCACUUGCACUUCUGUCUGUUUUUGCUUCUUGCUUACCUACCUUACGUCUUUCGUUGAAAAGCUUCUUCCAAUUGUUUUCCAGUCCUGGCCUUGGCUGCAUUCAUUCUUUUGUCUUCGUCACUCUCUUCCUCUUCCACUUCUGAUACGUUUCAUCACGUCACAUCUGCUUCAAUUCUAUUUCACGAGAACCUGUUUUACGACUUUUUCUGCUACGAAUGCUCUCUCAACAUGGCGAUAUAGAAUCUUGGGAAAACUCCACGGUAGCAUAUUCUUCGGCAUCAUGGUUUUGCUGCCAAAUACGAUAAUGAAACGACCAUGCUCAAUACUGAACACUCCAGAUAAUCACACAAAUCUUUAUCGACGAUGGAACCUCAAGCGGAACAAAGUACGAAGCUUCCUCGUCCAAUGAUACGUCAACCCGUUGACUCGUACCAUCGACAUAUCCGCGCCGUCCAUGGAGUCGAGAAUUCUUCAGAACCUGGAUCUUCAAGUGGCUUAGGAAGAUCAGACUCGCACCGGCUUGGGUCAGCUUUUUCAGGCUCCCAGCACGGAAACGUCGCUUCGUUCUUCGAUUCCGAAAGAUUGGCCAGCUCUGCUGCUCCUUUUGAUCCAAGUAAUAAUCCUUCACCAACAAGAAGCAGCGGAAUACGAUGGCCUUUUCUGGGAAGCAUCAAAUCGCGGAUGAGCCAGGCUUUCCCUGAUUCACCGCGCCUUUCGCCAUCCGAACCUACUCAAAUUGAAUUACCAUGGCGCCCAGUCUUUCUGCAUCGACGAAUAUUGGCCAUCUAUGCUCUUGUGUUUGUUGUUUUGAUAGCAGGAGUGCAAGUCGCACUUCAGUUAUCUGAACACAAUGGAGGCCUUCACGAGUCCGACGAUCUUUCGAGAUAUCUGUGGCAAUAUGGAACAACUAUAAUAUUUAUUCUCGUGGCCGCUUUCUGGUACAGAGUUGAGUUCCAGGCUUCUGCUUCCAUGCCGUGGAUCCGCAUGUUGAACACACAGGUUGAAGCUGACAAGUCUCUCUUACUGGAUUACGUUUCUCUUUCUGAACCGGUGGCCAUCUUCAAAUCAAUUAAAAACAAGGACUGGCUAGUAACGAUUCCAGUUAUCGCUGGCAUAAUCUUCAAAAUAAUGGUCAUUUUCUCUGUGGCUUUCAUCACACCCAAAGUCACCACGGUUGCCAACCACAAGAUCGCUACAACAAUUCAAUCCGAGUUCUCCAACAACAUUUCCGGGUUGGAAAACGUUGGGUCUUUGCCGUAUUUCACUCUUGCAGCUCUUGCAGUUGACAAUAUCACUUUUCCAAACGGAGUUACAUCUCGAGCAGCUUACACGCCAUUUAUAAGCGAUAUCCCCGAACUGAAACAGAUCACAGCACGUGUGGACGGUUUUAUAGGUGGCAUGGACUGUGAAGAAGCCGAGUUAACUUUGGACUCUAUGCGAUUACGAAAUGGGAAUGCUAUGUUGUUGAACAUGACCCUAUCGAAUGGACAAUGUUCCUCAAAUCAAACGAUUACAAGCACGAAACUCGUUACCACAAAUAACGAAGAUCCCUCAAGAAUGUUUCUUGCAUUUCAACCAGGUCGAUGUGGAAAUUCUGCAAAAGGCGAUGAUCAGCGAAUAGCUGUUAUGGCUGGUGUUCUGGAUGUCGAUAUUGAUCAGCUCAAGCGCCAGUCAAGGACAUCGAAUAAUCGCCUUGAUGGAAAAAUAUCGUCAUCUGCUGCAUUUCUAUGUAAGCCUAACUACAUUAUCACCAGGAUCAAGGUUACCAAGACGCCAGAAGCCGUUCUCUCAGUCAUACCCGACCAACAGGCGACAAAUACCACACUCAGUCAAGUGCCAGCAUGGACCGUCGCUCGAGCUAUGUUUGACACCUUUGAAUCAGACCAAGCAACAGAACUGAAGUUAUUGGCAACGUUCACGAACUCAUCGUACAGUCGAGAAGCCAUUCUUGAUACCGACGAAGCUAUGUCAGCUGCCCUCGCACUAAGCUCAAGGAAUGGAGGGGAUUUGCCUAGCCUGGAAUCUUUAACAGAGAAUGAUACUUUGAGAAGACUUUCCGAGAAUUUCUUCACGCAGUAUUCGGCCCUCGUUGCUCGAUAUGCCAUGAUGAAGCCUUCAUCAAGCACGUCAACAGCUAUCGCGAGCUACAUUGAACGACGUAUUGUUGUACGACCGGUGCCAGCAUACAUCAUAACUGCAUUUCUAGCUAUCUGCUUCGUUCUGGUAGUGUCGACAAUGUUCCUCGUUCCAAGGAAAGGCUUCCUCCCACGAGAUCCCAGCACCAUCGUUGGAAUGGCUUCAGUUGUGGCACAUAGCCACCCGCUGGUAGAAUGUCUGAAAGGCAUGGGAGCUGCACCCAACAAGGCUUUGAGAGCAAGACUUGAUGGCUCGACCUACCUGAGCGGAGCUGAGGGUCACGAAAAGUUGGAGAAUCCCAACCUGGGCUAUUACCAUAUCUUUGGAGGCAACGCGCCUCCUGCGAACGUUCUACCACGCCGUUUCGAUUCCUCAGGCUGGAGACAGCCCGUUACAUUACAUGGACUGAUUCGGUUGAUCUACAUCCUUGUUCUUGCUUGUAUCAUAAUAGGAUUCGAGAUCUCCCUACGAGUGUCGCAGAGAAAUGAUGGGCUAAGAACGAUGAAGGACGAUGGAGCGUACAUCGCAUGGACUGUAGUACCAGCCUUGGUGCUUCUCUUAGUGGCAAUGUACAUGCUGUCCUUAGAAUGGUGGACAAGACUUCUUUCACCAUUCUCGCAUCUCUCACGCCGAGGAGAGUUUGAGGAAACGGUCGGACUCAAUCUUGUGAAUGCAUUGAGGCAUGUCGCGUGGUCAAGGGCUCUUAAGAUCCGAGAUAUUGCUGCCCUGGCCGCCAUCUCUGGUGGAUUUGUUGCGCUUCUCAUGGUAGUCGCAACUGCUCCUCUGUUUGAGCCGAUGCCAGUAGGGCAGAACACCAUUAUUGCUUUGCGUACCGAGGACUUCUUCGCCAACAGUCUAGCAUCCUCCAGCGACGAUCCUAUCUGUACUGACUGUACCAACGAUACCAUCAUGGCAUCGCUGAUACUGGCGGGCGACGCACCAUAUCCCCCUUUCACCUAUGCAAAUCUCAACGUACCGAAUAUGUCGCUAGCCGAAGCGGUCGAGGGGAACGAUCUCACGUUCAGUGCACGACUCACGGCAAUCCGCCCAAACAUGUCAUGCCGACUAUACCAAUCCGACGAGAUUUCCACCAAUCUCACCCUCGAGUACAAACUUGACGACAGGAUAGUCAAUCCACUUCGUGUCGAUCUCGAAGGCGAGACCUGCCGAGGAAGUGGAGAGCGCAAUGGUAGUAACGCAAUUAUUGGGACGACAACGACUUCAUUUCCUGCACAGCAUGGCAGAAGCCUGAGUAGAGAUACACUCUUCGGUGUCGGCUUGAGAAAGACAACGUCAUCGCCACAUUGUUCAGACUGGUUAUACAUAUGGGGAGAGCUAGUCGAUGUGGGCAGUAGUGACAUGUCAGUGAGCAGCAUCAAUGCCCUUGCCUGUAACGAAUCCAUUGAAGCAGUUGAUGUCGUUGCUCUCUUCCACGGACCCAACGAUCUACGUCUCUAUCCGGACCAUCAGCCUAUUCCGGUCGAAAGCACCGCCCAGGACACGACCGUCGCCAUUCCAGAACUCGAUUACUCAAAGCUCAUCAACGUAACUUCAGAUGGUCUCCUUGACACGUUUUUUGCAAUGUUGAACGCAUCUCAGUUCGCCGUACCCGACAGUACAUUCGGUAGCUCAACUCCCAGUGCCGCAAACGAGGUCCAGUCUGCUAUCUUAUCUCAGCACGGAAUUAUAAGGGCACAGUCAUUGAACUUCAGAAGUCGACGCCAUUUGUCUUCAAGAGGAACAUUUCCAGUCGCAGAUGGGACAAAUAUUGUCAGUGGUAUUGAUCCUGAUGAGCCGGUUUCUCAGGCCGUCCCAGUUAUCAGCGGUAGUCAAGUUACAGAGAGUGUUCGCCUUCGACAGGAUGCGAUCGCCACACGAAUUCUACAGGGUAUCGUGGGCGCCUUGAUGCUUCUUCAUAUCAUCUCGUGGAUCUAUUGGAGACGGAUUAGGCUUCCUCGUUCGCCAACGACCAUUGCAUCUGUUACGGCACUUCUCGUUGAUGGCAAUCUUUUCAAAUCACUACCCCGAGCCGCACAAUGGCAGCCAGACAGUGAGCUUGAAGCCAUUUUCACCGAGGGAGAUACCCCACAACGAUUCCAGCUUGGAUUUGACCGUAAAGGGCGAGGUAGAGGACGUGAUGGCCGGGCAAAGAAGGAAGAAGGCAACUUUGGAAUCCGUGCAAUCGUUCCCAAGGAGCAUAUACCAGAGGAAGUGGAAUUGAGACCAUUGCCUCCUCCAAAACCACCACCAAAGCCGGUGAAGGAGAGGAUCGGAGUGGUUCGUCAAGGAACGGGAUUGCUUGGGGAAGAUGGUACCCAAAGGAAAUCGGUGCUGGUCACUAAAGGACACACAAACAAUUCAAAAUCGAAGAGUUCUAAGGGCUCAAAGGACUCGAAGGGCUCCUCGGGGAGCAAUGGACCGAAUAGAAAGAGAUCCAUCUCAUCAGCAUUGAGCGUACCCAAAGAGAUGGUGAAAGUAUGGUGGGCGGGUGGAAGUUGAGAUUGUAAUGGCCUACGAGAGCGUGGAAAAGUAUAAAGAUGAUUUGAUACCUCGCAUAUUAGAUGUAUGUAAUGAUGAUAAUUUAGAUUUCUUCCUUUAAUGAUCAUGAGUUGGCACUGAAUCUUUGAUAAUCAUCGACUACUUGCACAGUGACCGAUCAUGCUCUGCUCAUGACAGCAA